UUUAAAAAAUCAAUACUUUGACCGGACAAUACUUUGAACCGGCUUUUCCGCUUUGGUUUAUAUUCUCACCCAAUUUUGUUAAUUCAACCGCGAAAUAACAACAGAGUUAUCAAUGAAAAAGUGUCCGAGUGUGAACGUUUUGACACAUUAAUUAUUAAACCCGAGAAUUAAAAGCAUACUUCGACAAGCUUAAGCAGUGUAAAAGUAACCCCGAAAAUUGUUCACAUGGGACAAAGCCAGUAAUACAAACACUAACUUAAACCCUUGAUCCAGGAAAGAAAAUAAAAAUGACAGAAAUUUCGCAUUCCGGUUGCAAAUUAUUGCUCGGUGGACGAAUGUUCGUGGCGAUGGUUUCGAGCAUAGUGGUGCAAUUUAUAUUCAUGAGUUUCGUGAUACUGAUAACGAAUCUGAGUAUAAUGCAUCCACUGUCCUGGCUGCACGACACAUGGUCGAUAGUGACAUGUUUUCGAAUGUGGUGUUAUUUCGUCGUACUAGCAACGGUGAUAAUUUUACAAGGAGUAAUUUGCAGUAAAACUUAUUUGAAUGCUCCGGUUUUACUGAAGAGCAGAUUUGAUGCAUUUUGCGGAAUGUUUACACCGCACAAUUUUGUCGUGGGAGGUUUACACGUCGCGAUUGGAAUCGUCCUAGUGUGGCUGCAUCUUUCCCUGGAAGGAGGAGCCUGGAGCUCAUUAACCGAAACCUGCAGAACUGUUCAUGGUUACUGUCUAAUCGAAGAACAUUAUUUCCUUUUGCUCGGCGGGCUCUGGACCGGAAUAUACCAUUUCGGCAGAACAAAUUUUUGGGUUCUCUGCUAUUUGGAGUUUUCACCAAUUCCCCAAUCAAAAUUCGUCUAUGUUAAACGAGGAGUAAUGGAUUUGUUGCCUCGUGCAAUGGUCAUGGCCAUUUGGCCUACGCUUUAUUUUCUUGGCUUGUACUACUUCCUUGGAACAUAUUUUCGGUCAAUUAUUUUGUCCAUACUUUUUCUGAGUUUUGAAGCUGAGCCUUUGGACACUUUAUCUGGACUGUUGAAUCCGUCUCUCAUCUUCCACGCUUGGCUGUACGCAGCUCUCUUCAUUCUCACCAUUGACACGAUGCAUCUCUUGUUUCAAGCUUCUCUUACACAAUGGAUGCGUUUUGAAAUAGCAAACCAAAAUGCUUUUAAUGAAGAAAGCGUCCAUGUUACGUUGGCUGAAGUUCUGGCAAUGGAUAAAAUCCCUAUAAUGCAACAUCUCGGCUACCUGGAUCUUGUGACUUUGGCGCAAAAGGACAAAACUCGGAGAGCACGUCUUUUUGAUCUUAGCCAACCUGGUGGCCAUCCUUACAAUUGGAACAGCGUAGUGGAGAAAUGUUUGGAUCUACUGAAAAAAUUUGCAGCUGAAGUCGAUGGAGUCUCCUCAGCUAAACAAGAAGAAAAUCACUGUGCGUUCAAACCGACCAUUGAAGAUCAGGAAAAAACUUACACUUAUCAUAUGCGCAACUUAAUUGAUGUUAAUUCUACGAGUUUGAAAGUUGAUACUGAAACUGCAAAACCACAUUCUUCUAUCGUCGUUGAAUAUCUGAAAAGCAAAAGAGAUCUCUUUGUUUCUUAUCUCUUAUCCAAACCUCUGAUUUUUUAUUUUUUUGGGAAACAAAGCGACAGCAAAAUUCGACACGUUCUGACCAACGGACAAACUGUUGUAUGGGCUGCAGAUGCCAUUUCCUCGCUAGCCGUUAUUUCCCUCAAGGAAGAUCCUUACGGCAUUGUACAGAAAGAUUUACCUGCCAUUGUAGAAAAUCUUUUUGCGCUCAAGCAAGCUCUGGAUAAAGUGCAAAAAACCAAUAUCCUUAUGAGAAAACCCCAAAACGACGACAAGACGAUCAGAAUUAUUCUAGCUUCUUUGAGAAUGGCUGUUAAACGAAGUAUCUACAGAAUUGUUUCGAGCUUUGGUGAUUACAUUGAAGAUAUUCCGCUCCAGAAAACUAUUAAACAUCAACUUGAAAGCUUCAUUGUUUAUAGAGAAUAAAAGGUGUGAAAAACGAUUCUCAGGAAAAGAACUGUUGAACAUUAUAGUGAGAUCGAAAUUUGAGUCGGGAUAAAGGACACUUGAACAAUUGAGUCUUUAUUUUUAUACUUAAAACGACCGAGUGAAAAUAUUGAAAAGUUUUGGAGGAAAAAGGACUGGGAUACGUUUUCUCAAUGGAUUGAGAUCGACGCAAGAGUCAUGUAAUAUAAAUAUAUAUAUUUGUAAUAAAUAAUAAUAAAAAAUGUUAAUUUUGUACAAUGGA